AUGGCGGAGCGCCUCGCCGCCUCCCUCCUCCCCGCCGCCUCGCCGUCCCCGUCCCCGUCCGCUCGCCGCGCAACGGUCGCUGCCGCGGCCGCCGCCUCUUUCCCCUCCCCAUGCUCCGCCCGCACGGGGCUGCGCCUACGCUCCCGCCAGCCCCUCCUCUCCCAGAAGGCGGCCGGGCGCGGGCGUGGCGUGCGGGUGGUCCGGUGCAUGGCGGCGUCGGACGCGGCGCAGCUCAAGGGCGCGCGGGAGGACAUCAAGGAGCUCCUUAAGACCACAUACUGCCAUCCCAUCCUGGUCCGUCUGGGGUGGCAUGAUUCUGGUACCUAUGACAAGAAUAUUGAGGAGUGGCCACAGCGAGGUGGAGCUGAUGGAAGCUUAAGGUUCGAUGCUGAGUUGAGUCAUGGAGCCAAUGCUGGUCUGAUUAAUGCAUUGAAGCUUAUCCAACCUAUCAAGGACAAAUACCCAGGUAUCACUUACGCAGAUUUGUUCCAGUUAGCAAGUGCUACGGCAAUUGAGGAAGCUGGUGGCCCGAAAAUUCCAAUGAAAUAUGGGCGGGUUGAUGUCACAGCAGCUGAGCAGUGUCCACCUGAAGGGAGGCUUCCUGACGCUGGCCCACAUGAUCCGGCUGAACACCUUAGGGAGGUAUUCUAUAGAAUGGGCCUUGAUGACAAGGAAAUUGUUGCACUAUCUGGAGCACAUACACUUGGAAGAGCAAGGCCUGACCGGAGUGGCUGGGGAAAACCAGAAACAAAAUAUACCAAGGAUGGGCCUGGUGAGCCUGGAGGGCAAUCAUGGACAGUUGAGUGGUUGAAGUUUGAUAACAGUUACUUCAAGGACAUGAAGUUUUUGAGCCAGCUUCCCUCGGAAGAGCAGAAGGAACAGGAUCUUCUAGUUUUGCCCACAGAUGCUGCAUUAUUUGAGGACCCAUCAUUCAAGGUAUACGCGGAAAAGUACGCAGAGGACCAGGAAGCGUUUUUUAAAGACUAUGCUGAAGCUCAUGCUAAGCUGAGCGAUCUUGGUGCAAAGUUUGAUCCUCCUGAGGGAUUCUCACUGGACGAUGACAUGAGCGCUGCACCUGCAGACGAAAAGACGGAAGAAGCUAUCUCUUUUGUAGCAGCGGCACCGCCACCAGUGGCUCCAGAACCAGAACCAGAACCAGCAGCAGAACCUACACCAGAACCGGUAGCAGCGGCAGUAGCAACAGCGACAUCCGAUGACAACAACGGCGCAGCUCCACAGCUGGAGCCCUUCGUCGCUGCCAAAUACUCGUAUGGGAAGAGGGAGCUGUCAGAGUCGAUGAAGCAAAAGAUCAGGGCAGAGUACGAGGGGUUCGGAGGCAGCCCGGACAAGCCCAUGCAGUCCAACUACUUCCUCAACAUCAUGAUCCUGAUCGCAGGGCUGGCGUUCUUGACAUCUCUGGUCGGGAACUGA